AUGCCGCCCAAGAAAAAGGAGGAGAAAAAGCAAGAAGAAGUGAUUGACAAUUCAACUCUGCCUAAAUGCAAAACAUGGAUUUUCACUAUAUAUUUACAUCCUUAUUUUACUAAGCUUCAUCAGAUUUUGAAGAUUCAAGAUCUGACUCCCCCCCCCUUUAAAUUGAAACAAAAUAUAGGUAAAAUUCCUACUUUUUUGGGAAAUUACCCCCCCUUUAAAUUGAAACAAAAUUUUAUUAUAAUAGAAAAUUUUAUAGGUAAAAAUCAUUAUUUUAUAUGUAAAUACGUCAAUACCCUAUUUAAUAUGCUUCAAACAUAUAAGAUUUAGAAAUUAAACUCUAUUUUGUCCAAUUGUUAUGGGGAGAGUUAGAAGAAUACCAUUUCAGCAAGUUUACACUUUGAGAUUGAGAAAUUUAUGAAUUAAUUUUUCAUGAAAUUAAAAUUAAAUAUAUAAAUUUUUUUAUAAAAAAAAUUUUCUUAACCCCCCUUUAAAUUGAAACAAAAUUUUUUGUUUCAAUUUUAAAGGGGGGGGGGAGUAAGAGUUAUCUCAAAAGAAGAUUUAUUGAAUUACAUUAACUCCCCCUUUUGUAUUAGAGCAGCAAAAUAUAGGCAAAUUAUAUAUCUUCAAGGAAUUAAUCCUUUUAAUUUGGAAAAAAAAAUUUUAUAUAUAAAAGUUUUAUAGGCGAAAAAAAUAUUUCUUGUAUAAAUUUUAUGAUUUUCCAUUAAAAUCCAAAAAUACUGUAUUCAAUAAUUCCUGCUUUUUCAUAAAAUUUAAUUUAAUAAUUUUUAAAAAUACUAACCCUUUUAAUUAAUACAUAUGUUUUUAGUCCAAUUUAUAGGGAGGAGUAAAGAAAAAAGUCUUGAUAAAACUCCUGAAAAUCUUGCUAAAGCUUGCAGAGCAAAAUUAGAUGAGAUUGAGCUACCAUUCAGAAAAGAGAGAAAAGAUCCACCAAAAGCCACUGAAUCCCCGAAAAAAGAUAAAGACAAGAUAGUCACACCAAUAGCAACCCCAAGACCUGAUGACAAAUUCGAUGUAACAGUUUAUUUUAAAAAUUUUCCUCAAUCAAAAGAAGAGGUUACAGAGCUAAUUAAAGUUGGGAUAAAUAUUGAUUUGUGCUACUAUGUUAAGCCUAGCCAAUCCUAUAUUCAGUCUAAGCUCGAGGCCAAAAUGAAAUCUUACAGAGAAAAAAGAGAAGAAGUAAGAGCUGCUGGAGCGAUGGAAAGUUUACUCCAAAUUCCCACUCAGCCAGAUGACUAUCCUGAAGGAUUUAUGGAACUUCAAAACUUAUCCUGAAGCCCCAAAAAUCAAGAUAGUAAACAUUUGAUAUGGAAAAUCAUAGAAUUUAAAACCGAAGAGGAUUUAGAAGUAAAAGAAGAAAUAAAAGAAGAGGUCAAAGAAGAACAGCAAACCAAAAGUCGAAAAGAUUUGAAACCUUCUUCUAAGAAAGCUGAAGAAAACAAAGAAGAUGAAGCGAAUGCAAAUGAUCCUAAAGUGAAGCUUUGCGAUGGGAUAAUUCGAGAAAUAAAACAAAUAUCAUCUGCUAAGCUGGAAUAUGAAAAAUGGCAAGCUUCAGUUAAAGUAAAUUCACUGUACUCUGAAAGAGCUGAACAAUUUGAUGCUCCACCUGAGUUGUCAGAUAUUCAUUCAGUUGGGUCACCAAUCAAGCAUGUGGGAUCUUUAGCUGAUACUCUUGACAAGUUCAUGGUCCCUGAGCCUUUCACAAUCGAUGAUUUAACAAAACCUUGGGAUUUAAGCUAUUUCAAUCAUAUUAUCAACGUUGGAAAAGAACAAUCUAAAACUGUAAAUUAUUUAGUCGCAUGCUUUCUCAAACAAAUCAUGAAAGAAAAAGGUGGAACUAUGGAUGAAGAAAAGCAGCUUGAUAGCUUUAUAAACACUAAAAAAUAUGAAAGCCAAUUGUCUUAUGCUAGUAAAAUCGAAGAUAUCCAAGAUCGUCCCAAGACUGCACACAAAAUUGGAAUACAAGAUUCAAUGAUGAUUGUGGAUUAUAAUGAUAAAAUUGCAAAGCUAUCAUUAAGGGAGCAUUUUGCUCAGAGCAACAUUGAAAUAAAAGAAAUGAUUAAGCUAUUUAAAGAAAAUAUAGAGCUUCCUAUAUUUGGAGAAAGUUUGAAAGCUCAGUCUGCUUCUCCAAGCAUACGGCUAGCUAACUAUAAUGAAGUCCUUAGUUUUUCAUCUAUACCCAGAAAGGAAUUUGAAAGAGCACUACUGUUGCUGGACUUUGAAAAAUUAAUGAAAUCUAUUCAACCAGAGCGAGAUUGGAAUUUCAGUGACAGAGUUUAUGAAGAAAAUUUUUCAUUGUCUCUGCUCCAACAAACUUUAGACAGCUUAAUUCCACAAGAUCCUGAAGUUAUUUAUGAGUAUAACUCUUUAAGAGACUGCACUCUUCUUUGUGUCUUUUUCAAAACUCCUCCAGGCCGAUUAAUUAGGAGGCUCUGAAAAUCUCCAUGGAGAGUUCGCCCCAAUUUCCCCCAAUAUCUUGAAACAUUUGCUGAUAAAACUUUGAAUUCCUUUUUAGAUGUUGACGCAAGCCUUGUUGGGUCUAUAAAAGAAAGGAUAAAAAUUAUGUAUCCUGCUGAUAAUAGUCUAAUGAAAAUGACUGAAUAUUUUAUAGGGCCAAGAAAUUUAUUAGAGUCUCGGGAAUUAUUUGAAACUCCUAGGCACAGAGCUGUUGUGUACAAAGAUAACUGGAUUUUUGGGAUAAGAAAAGAUAAAUCCAAAUGCGGCGAAUUUUGGGCUGUUCAUGAGGAUGAAAAGAUUUUGGUCGAAAAAGAAAUUGAUGGCUGCUCUUUAUCAAUUACACUCAAUAAUGGGCUAAUUGUAAAGAUUUUGCCAACUGGAGAGAUUUUGCAGCAAAAAUGCAAAGGGAAGGAAGAUCCUUGCAAAGAAGAAGAAAAUAGAAUUAUUGGAGGAAUGGGUUAUGUUGUGAGAAAUCUAGUUAAUGAUGCUAUACAAAUACUAAUGCCAAGCGGCGAUUUUUCAACUAGAAGCAAAGAUAGAGUCUGGGUGUGCACGAACAAUAAAGGAAUGAGACUUGUUAAAAGAAUGAAAGACGGCGUUUCGUAUAAUUUAGAGCCAAUAAAGGUACAGUCUUUUACAGAUCCAGAAACACUAGCAAAGGUAAUAAUCCGAGAGGAUCUAGUUAUGAAAAUUACAUUUUCAGACAAUUCAUACGCUGCUUUUCAUCCUGACGGUACAAAAAUUCAUACCUCUGCUGAUGAAAAUACGGUCCAUAUUGAAAGUCCAGGCUAUGCUCCAGUUAAAAGUCAUAAAGACCCACUCAAAGCAAGGCAGCAUACUGUUAUAGGAUUGGGAAGCUCAGAUUCUGGUUUAGGAAUCGGAGAUUUAAUGCUGAGAUCCCACAAUGGUAUUAUAACUGAGGUGAUCCUGCCUAAUAAAACAUCAAUAAGGACAUUUACUCAAAAACAAGAAAUGGAAGGCUACAACGAAUAUUGCACACAAUUAAUUUGUGUGCUGACAACAAGUGACGGGAGCAUUAUGAAAGUCCAGCAAGAUGGAGAAAUCGUAUUAAUUACAGGCGAAGCCAGACAAAUUUUAGCUGAAAAAGAUGGCCAAGAUGCAUAUUUUUAUGAGCUAUUUACAUUGGCUGAAGAUAGGACUUCAGGUGUUUAUAGUGCCCAUUGCGAAAAAGGAAAAAUUUGGACUAAAGAUAGUGAAGGAAAUUAUUUUGAAAUUGGAAUCCAAGGUAAAGCCAUCGAAAAAUUAGCAGUCUCAUUAAACGUAGAAGAAGCAGAACCUACAACUCCUAGGAUAGCUGAAGGAGAGUAUAUUGAUCCCGAAUGCAGAUUUUUACCUCCCCCUCUAACUAUAAUUCAGCCUCGGCUAUUUGAAAUCAAAGGAAAUAAAGUUAAAGAACUUCUCAACGAAGAGCAGCUUACACCAUUUAAAAGAAAUCUUGAUUGAAGUUAUAAGAAACAAGGUGAAGAUUGCCACACAUGAAUAAAGUCUCUUGAAGGAAAAGACAAUUAUUUGCAUCCAACUUCUCCCUUUAAAUAUUACUCGAUCCCAAAAACGGUGUCAUCUAUAUUGCAAACAAUUAUCAUACCUGAUGAGCCUGUUAAUUCAGCAUAUAUUAACCGAACUAUUUAUGAAUUUCCAAGCUUUGAUGAAGAAAAAAGGCUAAAAGUGUCUGAUGACUUGAAGAGAUAUGAGGAAUGGAAAGAAAAACAGAAAAAAACUAGGAGCACUUACUGCCCUCCUUCAUGAGCAAAGCAAUUGGAAAAUCCCUAUAUUUUGGGUGAAAACUACUUCUGUGAUCCGAGCAACAAAUUAAAUAAUAUAAAAAUCUUUUAUAAACAAUUUUUGAUAUAUAAUGAUAAGUAUUAUAAUGAAAUCCCUAGCUAAUUCUGUUAAAUUUAAAGCAGCUUGCAUUCUAAAACAUAAAUUUUAUUACUAGAUUAAGUUUUACCCUUUUUUAUCUGCGAAUUUAGAAUUUUUAUUUCUAAAAAAAUUUAUUAGAAAUUUAUUAAAAAAAAAUAAACCUCCUCCAUGAAUAAGAAAAAUUUUGCUUAUUCAAAUAGGAUGGGAGUUAUGCAAUUCAAGACAGCAGAACAGAGGCUGCUAAAUCCCUCUUCCAUGAGCGAACAAAAAAGUUUUGUUCGCUCACAGAGGGUGUAAAUUUUUUUUUGUUGGAAUUUAAAAAGAUUUUAAUCUGUAAAGAUUAAUUUAAUUAGGAAAUUUAUGUUUUAAAACGAAAAUCGUUUAAAAUUAAACAGAAUUAGCUCGAGAUUUUAUUAUACUAAUUAUUACUUAUAUAUCAAAUUUUUUUUCAUAAAAAAAAAUUUUGUUCGCUUACAAAGGGUGGGCUUUUUACCAAAAUAGGGAUUUUUCCAAUGGGUUUUAUUCGCUCGCUGGGGUGGUUGGAGUAAGGAAAAAGAAAAAGAAAUAUUGCAAAGAAUAGCUGACAUGAGAGGAGAAAAUUCAAAAAUCGGAUCUUUCAAGGAGACUGAUAUAAAAGAAAGCACUGAAGAAGAUAUUCAGUUUGAAUUUGAAGAAACUCCUUACCAGGAAGAAGAAUUCAAAAUUGUGAUUGAAGAUGAGGUGGAGUAA